AUGGUCAAUGGAACGUUGAGCGGGUUCGCCGUGGAAUAUAAAGAUCAAGUGACACAAUGCAAUACAACGGGUGUGCCAGAGCAUGGGAGCAUGUAUCCAGAUAAACCUAUUUUUGACUAUACCGACAAGGUCUACUACUCUUGUAACGAAAACUACACCCUAGUGGGGCCAUCGGAGGCAGUAUGUGAGUUAGGAGGGUCGUGGAAUCCACCAACACCUCCAACGUGCAAUGCGGGCUGUAUCACUCCUGUCAUUGAUAAUGGUAUCACUAUUCCUGAUACCAACACCGUUACAGAUGGCCAAGUGAUUACUUUUGAUUGCCACGAAAAUUUUACCAUAGGAGGACCCUCACAUACAACGUGUCCCGACUGUCCAUUGGUCAGCGAAAGCAUUGUUAACGGAAAUAUCAUUGGAGAAGGUCCACCAUAUAUCCACGGUCAUCAACUGCUGUACGAAUGCAAUGCAAACUUCACCAUAGUUGGACCGACUGAAAUCACCUGUCAUGAUGGGAUUUGGAGUGACGCCGAACCGACAUGCAAAGCCCAGUGCUGGUUCGAAGAAGUUCCGAAUUCCGAUUCCUCAUCGGACCAUAUGUUGCCUCAUGCUGAAACAUUGCGGAUCACAUGCGACUACGGAUAUUCGAGUGGGACAGGUCAGACAACAGAUGUGACUUGCUUUGAAGGCGUAUUAUCUCCCUCAGAGCACCCUCAAUGUUUAGCUCAGUGUAACCGACCAACAAUUCGAGCUUCAAACGCGACGUCUCAAACUCCCUUGCUCCAUCAUGGAGACACUGUCACUGUUGCCUGCGAUGAGGGAUAUUCAAAUGGCGAAUCACAAAGCAUGACGUACGAAUGCAAUGAGGGAAAGCUUGUGCCACCAGUUUCAUUUUGUUACGAACCAGAACCAUUCUGA